AUGUCCAGUGACCUUUUUUCUUUUGUUUCGACGUUUCUUCUUGUGUGCCACACAGUGGUCACCCCCACAUGUGCUGAAUUCUUUUUUUCAUAUCUUUUUUUAUUGCACUGCCGUCCCAAUCGCGGGCUUGGCGUGGCUCCCCAGCGCCCGUAUCGGCACUCCACUGAGUGCUGUGCGGCCAUGGAGGUGUCCACUAUUAAUUGGGUGUGUUUGGGUCGCGUGGUCAGCAGCGCUGUAAGCCGCCCUUUCACCAGCUUCGUAUCACUGAGUUUUGUUUUCCUGCGAUGCGUUUCGGCGGACGGUGGGCGCCUCUGGCGUUUCGCGCCCGCGGCGAGACGCUGUUGUUUGCCCUGUGCUGGCCUGUUUGUCCCUGAGUGA